AGAGUAUUUUUCUGAGGCAUUAAAUAUUCGUUUAAUUAAUUAAUUUGUGACGCACACGUGUGUAUAAAAACGGUCUCGGACAGGCGGAAAGGUCAUCCUCACUUCCGCUUUGAAGUUUUAACGGUCGACUCUUUCUCUAAAACCCUCUUUCACUUUCUUGACGAUGAAGAAAUCUUCAGGGCGUCGAAAGAUUGAGAUCAAAAGGCUUGACAAGAACACUACACGCCAGGUUACUUUCUCAAAACGUCGCGUCGGACUUUUCAACAAGGCAGCCGAGCUUUCCCUUCUCUGCGGCGCUGAGAUCGCCAUACUCCUCUUCUCCUCCCGCGGAAAAGUCUAUACAUUCGGCCAUCCCAACGUCGACGCUCUCCUCGACCGCUUUCUCACUGGAAACUUUCUUCCGCCCAAGCCGGCGGAGGCGUAUCUCCCUCUCCCGGAGUUGAAUCUUGAUCUCUGCAAAGCGGAAGCCGAAUUUGAAAUCGAGAAGAAGCGCGCGGUGGAGAGAUUGAGGAAUAGCGAGCGAUUUUGGUGGGAUGAGGCGCUGGAACGUAUGAGAAUGGAUGAGUUGAAGUCAUUCCGUUCUUCACUGCUCCAACUGAGAGCAAAUGUGGCGGGGAGAUUGGAGAAAAUUCGGGCGAUGAGAAUGGAAGAUCCUCCGGUAACUCCAUCGUGGUCGAUCGUUCUUGGUGGAGAAAAUCAAUGUGCGGCGUCGUUUCACGUGGGUGAAAAUCAGUCGUUUGCGAUGGAUUGGGAAGAGGAGAUUUGGGGUUAGGUUUUAUAUAUGUAUAUUUCAUAUGUUAUGAAAAUUGAUAACAAUAGUUUUAGAGUAAAUGAGUAGUGAUUGAUUCAGUGCUUCACUUCAUCACAAAUUAA